AGGAAAGGUCUCUCUCCGUCGCUCCCUACCUGACCAACCUCAUUGAUUAUUGAAGUGGUUGGUGCGAUAGCGUAGCAAGGGUUGCGAAGAAAAAGCUGCAACGGCAGGUGUGGUACGGUGCUGGGAAUAUCCUUCACCUUUCACAUAUAAAAUGUUACUUAGACGUAAGAGAUGAUGUGUGAAUUGUAGCGAGAGAGAGAGAGCGAGAGAGGAAAUAAUAGUAAUCGCAGAAGAAGGGAAUUGGAAUGGGAGAGAUGAGGUGGGUGUGGGUGGUGGGGGUCGUGGUGGGGGUGUAUGUGGGCAUGGAUCCCUUUAAUCACAGCCUGAUUGCAGGCUUUGAGAAUGAGAUGGAGGUAAAGGAGGUUAAGGUCGGAGAGUGGGGAAAGAGGGUGAGAGCGAGGGACCAUGCCAACCGGCUCGUGAAGGCAGAGUUGUUGCAUGGUGUGGUUGGGCCUGAAAGCUUAGCCUUCGACGUGGAAGGGAGGGGUCCUUACACUGGCCUGGCUGAUGGCCGCAUAGUUCGCCUUCAUCCACCUCCAUUCACUUCCUUCUCCGAUUUUGCUGUGACAUCCCCCCACUGGAGCAAGGAGAGGUGCAGUGGGGCAAAGAAGGAGGACGAGGAGGUAUGUGGGAGGCCAUUAGGUCUAAGGUUCCACAAUAGGACAGGAGAGUUGUACAUAGCUGAUGCUUACUAUGGCCUCUUGGUGGUCGGCCCCGAGGGCGGCCUAGCGCGCCAAAUCUCCACCUUGCCUGACGACGGCAUUCCCUUGCGCUUCACCAAUGACCUCGAUAUCAACCCUCAAACCGACAUUGUCUACUUCACCGAUAGCAGCUCCAAAUUCCGGAGGAAAAACUACAUGCAGGUGGUGGUGUCUACUGAGGAUUCUGGAAGGCUACUCAAAUACGAUCCUACCACCAAAAAGACCAACGUGCUGCUCAACCAUCUUCACUUCCCUAAUGGACUGUCCCUUAGCCAUGACGCCUCCUUCCUUGUCUUUGCUGAGACCACCAAGGCAAUGCUUAGUAGAUACUGGUUGGAGGGAGAGAAGGCCGGAAGCAAGGAGGUAUUCGUGCGCUUGCCGGGUUUACCCGAUAACGUGAGGGCCAACGAGAAGGGAGAAUUGUGGGUGGCGAUCCACCGGAGAUGCAGUUUGCUGAUCUAUUUCCUUGCAAAGCAUGUGAGGUUGAGGAGGUUGUUGCUGAGGUUCCCGGUGCCCCCGUUGUUUCAGAGGUGGUUCAUAUACAAUAACAAGUUCGGGGGAGGAGGCAUGGCCGUCAAAUAUAGCCCUCAUGGGGAACUGAAGGAGGUGUUGGAGGACGGGGGAGGAAAGAGGGUCGCCUCCAUUAGUGAAGCUCAUGAGAGAGAUGGGAAGCUGUGGAUCGGCUCUGUGCUGUCCACCCAUGUUGCUGUGUAUCAAUUGGAAGACGACCGCACUUCUUCUAUUCCUACCCCUAUGUAAUCAUACCAUACGCACCUCAUAUGUAAUAUUAAUCACCGAUACAUAUUUAUCAUUCAAAAAUAUUUUGAAUAAA